AUGUCGCAGUUUAACAAAGAGAUUGAGGACACCGGAUCGGUGUACGCGCUCUCCGAUGAUGAAAGUACACCAUUUCGCAGGAGGACUGGCCGCCGAAAGAACAUAUCUAUGCGAUUAGUAGCUAUUGUCUGCGUGCUUGCCUACCUUAUUCUAGGGGCCAUCUACGUUGAACUACGAGUUCGCUAUGGGCGUUUGGAAGCCGGAAUUCGCUCAGCAAGACCUGAGCUUUUCCCCGCUAUGGAGAAAUCAGGAGCUUUUCGUCAGGAUAGCCGUGUCUUUCCUCUGACGGUAGCGGGUACGCCUUUCGCAGGCUUUCCAAGCCCAGAACUCGACCAAGCCUGGCACGGGCUGCUCGAGGGGACGGUCAUUAAAGUUUCGGAAGAAGACCUGGCAUACUAUAAUGUCACAUCUCUGCCGUUAGCUGAUGGCUCCGGUUACGCAUCGGAGAUAUUCAUGACUCAUGAACUUCAUUACUUAAAAAAGAUACGUCAGUGGGUAUACAAAGAGACGUAUUUCGUAGAUGUGCAGGGUCUCGCUCGCAGUGAGUUGGAGCGGCACGUCAAUCAUUGCAUUGAGACUUUACGCCAAAGCAUCAUGUGCAGAGGUGAUGUUUCGUUGGGUACAUACACGUACCUUUCUGGUGAUGGUAACGAUGUGACAGCCCGGAGCUGGGCCUCACAUCAAUGCGUCGACUUCGACGCAUUGAUGAAAUGGACCAAAUCUCGCGCUAUUGACAUCUUCGCCGAAGGGGUUUUAGUCAAAUCCGAGGAUGUUGGCUCUGAACACAUCACGGAAAGGACGAAACCACAUGAAUAA